GCACCUCGGCCCUCCCAGAGCCAUGAGGUCGGUUAGCUACGUGCAGCGCGUGGCGCUGGACUUCAGCGGGAGCCUCUUCCCGCACGCCAUCUGCCUCGGAGACGUGGAUAACGACGCGAUUAAGAAGUCUGAAGUAAUAUUUUUCCAGAGUUCACUGUUGGACCGUUUUCAAAACAUAUCCCAUUUAUAAUGGACAAAUGAGAGUAGCCAAGGCCAGGCUUUUGGGCAGAGAACUGUACAGAUAGAUCUACCUGAAUCAGUGCUCUCAUGUAGAACCUUCCCAAUGCACACACACGGAAUUAAAUGAACUGGUAGUGGGAGACACCAGUGGAAAACUGUCUGUGUAUAAGAAUGAUGACAGCCGGCCCUGGCUCACCUGCUCCUGCCAGGGAAUGUUGACUUGCGUUGGGGUUGGAGAUGUGUGUAACAAAGGAAAGAACCUGGUGGUGGCAGUCAGCGCAGAGGGCUGGCUUCACUUAUUCGACCUGACAUCCACCAAAGCUCUGGAUGCUUCUGGGCACCAUGAGACUCUUGGAGAGGAACAGCGUCCUGUCUUCAAGCAGCACAUCCCAGCUAACACCAAGGUCAUGCUGAUCAGCGACAUUGAUGGAGACGGGUGUUACGAGCUGGUGGUAGGAUACACAGACCGUGUGGUACGGGCAUUCCGCUGGGAAGAGAUGGCUGAGGCGCCUGAACACCUGACAGGGCAGCUGGUGUCUCUCAAGAAGUGGAUGCUGGAAGGUCAGGUAGACAGUCUCUCUGUGACCCCGGGGCCUCUGGGUGUGCCUGAGCUGGUUGUGUCGCAGCCAGGAUGUGCUUAUGCAGUUCUACUAUGUACCUGGAACAAGGACACGGGCUCCCCUCCUGCCUCUGAGGAGGCCACAGGAGACAGUAGGGAGACCCCAGCUGCCCGGGACAUAGUGCUGCACCAGACAUCUGGCCGGAUCCACAACAAGAACGUUUCCACUCACCUAAUUGGCAACAUCAAGCAAGGCCAUAACCCUGAAACUGGUAACUCGGGCCUCUUUGCACUGUGCACCCUAGAUGGGACUCUGAAGCUGAUGCAGGAAGCAGAUAAGCUGUUGUGGUCUGUACAGGUGGAUCACCAGCUCUUUGCCUUGGAGAAGCUGGAUGUCACGGGCAAUGGGCUUGAGGAGGUGGUAGCAUGUGCCUGGGAUGGACAGACGUAUAUCAUUGAUCACAACCGCACCGUGGUCCGCUUCCAAGUGGAUGAAAAUAUCCGAGCCUUCUGUGCAGGCCAGUAUGCCUGCAAAGAGGGCCGCAACAGCCCCUGCCUGGUGUAUGUCACUUUCAACCAGAAGAUCUAUGUGUACUGGGAUGUUGUGCUGGAGCGCAUGGCGUCCACUAACCUGCUGAAGCUGCUGGAGGCUGAGCCUGAGUACCACAGCCUCCUGCAGGAGCUGCAUGUAGAUCCCGAGGAUCUCCCUGCAGUCCGUGCCCUGCUUCACCAGACACUCUACCAUCCGGACCAGACACCACAGUGUGCCCCCUCCAGCUCCCAGGACCCCACCUAGCUGGGCUUGGCCACCUAGCUGCUGAAGGAUCCUACUGAACCCCCACCCUCCCCCAGAGUGAUCCAUGAUCUUGGCAGGAUGGGGAAUGUCUAUUACAGAGGAGCAGGACCUGAUUCUCGGCAUGGAAGGACAGUGGCGCCCCUGAGAGCCUUUGAUGAAUGCCCCGUGGUCGCUGCCUGCAUCCCAGGAUCCCAGGAUCCCAGUCUUGUCAAUCACCCAGGUCCCUGUGCUUUCCUCCUCUUCUCCUACUCUCACUGCAGAAAACAGACUUGUUUGUGAGAAGAGGCAGCAAACCUUUUCCAUGGUGCCAGCACCUGAAAGGACAGGGGCUUCAGGCCUGAGGGACUAGGGGAGCGGUGGAGGUGAGCCCCAUCCUCCCUCUCCUGCUGAGGGCCGACUUCCGAAGCAUAGCUCCCGGCAGCUGACAUCAUAAUUACUGCAGGAACGGCCGAGUGUUUGUUUAAGAGCAUUUUCCUGUCUCAUCUUCCUGUGUUCUUCCAUUUGCUGAAGCAACUAGGUCAGGGCUUUCUCAUUCUCUCUCUCUCUCUCUCUCUCUCUCUCUGUGUGUGUGUGUGUGUGUGUGUGUCUGCGAUUUGGUGGUGGUGGGUGUUGGUUUUUGUUUGUCGUUUUGUUUGUGCAUGUGUGUCUGUGCAGAGGUGGAGCCCAGGGCCUUGCACAUGCUAGCCAAGCACUCUGCUAUUCAGUACUUGGGAGGAAGGUCCUAAAUCCAGCGCCAACCAAGGCUCCAUAGUGGGGUUGAGACCAGCAUGGGUCACAUUUGGAGAUCUUAUCUUAAAAGCUCAAACAAAAAAGACAUUAACAAUCUAGUGCAAGUUUAUGAUCUAGACUAUAAUAAUUAGAGUUAUAUAACUGAACCAGGCAUGGUGGCACACACCUAUCAUCCCAGCACUCAGAUGAUAGAGGCAGGUGGAUCUCUGUGAGUUCAAAGCAGCCUGGUCUACAUAGUGAGUUUCAGACCAACCAUAGUAAGACCCUGCGUUAAAAAUUAUAGUUUAAGCCACUUAUGUUUAUUUGCUGUAAGUAUUUUUCCAGUUAUAGGUGAGAAGCCUUUGAAGGACUGUGGCUAGGGUUUGUGUUUGCUGAUACAUUUUCCCAUGUACACAUGUAUGGAGGCCAAAAGAGGAUGUCGCGUGUCCUGCAUUCCUUCCCUCUACUUUAUUCCCUUGAGACAGGGUCUGUCACUGAGCCUGAGCUUGCUGCUUCAUAUAGCCGAUGAUCAGUAAGACAAGGGGAUCUACCUGUGUCUGCACCACACAGUGCUGGGGUUACUAGCAUCUGAGCAGUAUCUUUUUUUUUUUUUUUUUUUUU